UUUCUUUCAGGCAGACCCGAUGACCUCCCCUUCCUGACGUCAUACGCCGUCUGGCCGUGGUCAGGCUCCUGCGCGUCAGACUUUGUGAGGGACAUCUGCAUCUUCAGCCCAGAGGAUCUGCAGGGCCUGGCACGGAGGCCCGAGCUGUUCGCCAACAAGUUUUACCUCAGACUCCACCCUGCUGCCCUCCACUGCAUGGACGAGCUACUCUACAACCAGACGUUCACCGGGGCGGCCAGGCAUGCACACGUCUACAAAAACCUCUCGUUCGUCUCGUGA